AUGAACAAUGUCCUUAAAUCGCUUGAGGCGGAGCUGCACUUUAGGACUAUCCUACUUUUGGAAGUGUACUCUCUAAGAGAUUCCUGUGUGAUGCUUACGAACUUGGACAGUAAGGUGCCCGUCCUAAACUUCGAUGCAAAGCAAAGUGCGUAUCUCAAAGAUACUUUUAGUUCCAAGAUACUAGUACUUGCUUGUUUGAAGCAAGGCGAGAAAGAUACACUGAAAGCACUUUAUGGCAAUCUUCACGAUAUGCGGGACAGCGCCACCAUACUGUUCGGAUCCUCGGUCGCACACAUACGAGAUCUAUUCCUGGAGUGUUUCACUGAAAACAUGCUCAAUGUGCUGGCAUUUAAGGGCUCAGAUAGGGAGUUCAUCUACAGCUUCCGGGCAUUUCCGAAGUUUCGCGUUAUAAAACGCAGUCUACCGGAGACUCAGCUGUACUUCGAGCCACAACUCAAGGAUCUUGGGGGAUAUACCAUCAAGACACUGCCCGACAACAUAAUGCCGCGAACUGUGGUCUACCGGGGUGCCGAUGGAAGUCGCCAGCUGGGCGGCUAUCUCAGCCACUUCAUACGGAACUAUGUGGGCACCAUCAACGCCACCCUCGAAAUUUGCUGGGACCUGGUUCCGGAGAAUGGUAUAAUCCCUUCGCUGGACAACAUUACACUCUCGGCGAACAGAAGCUGGGACUUCCCGCUGGGCUUCGAUGGCCUCGAGCAGAGGAUAUUGAAACAGAACGUUCUAAUGGAGAUGUCCAGCUGGUUCCUGAUGCUGCCCAUGGAACCCGCCCUUCCCCGGUCUCGUUUCUACCUAAGAUUCGGGCUGUACAGGCUGAUACCUUUAAUGCUGCUGCUGGCAGUAGUGCUCAGCAAUGCCCAUAGGCUGGAGAAGGGCUUGGCUCCGAGUUGGCGAUGGUACUUGGUGGGCAAUAAAGUCCUGAGGGGCACCCUGGCACAGCCAUUCGUCCUGCCCAAGAGACUCUCUCCCAAGCUGAUGUUCAUUUACUGGCUGCUUAUCUGGACCGGCUUCUUUGUGAGCAACUACUGCAUCGUCUACCUCACGACUUGGUUCGUCCACCCGCCGACGCUGGAUCCGAUAACAGACUACGAGCAGAUGCGACGCCUGAAGCUGGACAUCCUCACAAUCCCCUCGGAGCUGGCUUACUUGGAGGCCACCUUGGGCAGGCAGUUUGUGGAGGAGCGCAGCGAUAUAUUUCGCAUCACCGACUCGUCGGAUUUCCAGAGGAAGCGCAUCUCCAUGGACCGGUCCUAUGCCUAUCCAGUGACUUGCACCCUGUGGCCUCUCUUGGAGCAGGCGCAGCUUAGGCUGCGUCGACCCAUCUUCCGCCGGUCCAAGGACAUAGUCAUUCUGCCCCUUAUUAUUAUGGCCAUGACACUGCCCAACAACUCGGUGUUUCACAAGUCCCUCAACCGAUACAGGACGCACACUCACGAGAGCGGUCUGUAUAAUCUCUGGUUCAGGAAAAGCUUUUACGAACUGGUUGCCCUGCGCAAAAUGUCGUAUACCGUGGAGAAAGAUCACGAGGCCUACUUUGAUCUCAAGUGGCAGGACUUCCACUUCGUGUGGCUGGGCUUUGUGGGGGGAGCUGUAAUAAGUUUCCUGGUGUUCCUUGGCGAGAUUGGAUGCUACAGGUGGCACUUAAAACGUAGCCUUGGCAAAUUGUAUUACAAUUAUUACUCUUCUAUGUAUGACUCGAAAUAA